GAAGAUCCGGUGUUCUCAGGAGAAAAAGUGGGAAUGGAGUGCUGCGAGAGUAGCAAGGGGAUUCCGCUCUGAACAAGAGAAGUGCGGCUGGGACUUGUCGAAGGGAGAAGAUGUUGGAGACAGAAAUUAACGGAUGUAUUGAUUUCUUAAAAUUAAGUUUUGGAGUGGAAGCUACAUAAAAUAUAAAUAAAGAUGUUUGCGGUGUUGCCAUGGACGUAAAAAGCCCUUCCUUUCAUAAGGACGCAACAGCAGGCUUAGUUCCUAGUGGCGCAAAUGGAAACCCCUCAAGCCAAAUGCCAGCAAAAUCAGGAGAUUCAUAUAGAUUGCAACGUGCAAGGCCAGAGAAAUUGCGUGCUUACUCUGUGCCUCCCUUCUCUGGACGAGAAGGAUCCCUUGUUCUUAGAGAAGAAGAGGCUGUCACAUGCCAGGAACCUUGAAUUCAAUUUUCAGUUACUGCUACCUUCACCGAGAGAAGAGUUGCUGUUAAUGCUGAAUGAUAUUGUUGGAGCAGCACGGAUACUUUAUCUGAAUGAUGUAGAAAUUUAUUUCAUCGAGGAUGAUGAUUUUGGACCAUUCAGUCAAAUAAAUGAGCUCAAGUCCUUAAAUGCAGUACUUCAAAUGCUGAAAUCUGUGAUUUCUGUUGCUAAUCCCAAUGAAAUGAAAGCUUUGAAUGUGUUGCAGAAUGAAACCAUUGCUAGGAUAAACUCAUUUGCAGAUCAGAAUAUUGACGAAAUGGUCAUGAGGAAACAUGAUACAACUGCUGAAGAUUUACUUUUGAAGUGGGGUGAAAGUUGUGGUGCAAGAUCAAAAGUCACGGUUGCUUAUUUUGAGGGAGCUAAUAGAGGAGCAGUGGCACGAGAAGACAUUGAUGUUGGUGAGAGUGCACUGGAAAUUCCAGAAUCAAUCAUCAUAUCUGAGGAUCUUGUUCGUGAAUCUGAUAUGUUUAAAGUUCUGAAGGAAUGGGAUGGUAUGACUACUGAUACGAUGCUGCUAUUAUGGAGCAUGAGGGAGCGAUACAAUCCCCUUUCAAAUUUCAAGUACUACUUUCAAACAUUGCCAGAAACUUUCAAUACUGGGCUGAGUUUCGGAAUCGAUGCUCUUACUAUACUACAUGGAACUCUAUUAUUUGAAGAACUCAUGCAAGCUAAAGCGCACUUGCGACAACAAUAUGAUUCACUUUGUCCAGCAUUAUGUGCUAGCUACCCAGACAUCUUCAAAGCUCAGUUAUACUCGUGGGAUCACUAUCUUUGGGCUUGUGAACUCUGGUAUUCUAAUGGCAUGAAAGUUAUUUUUAGUGAUGGAAAGCUGAGGACCUGCUUAAUUCCUAUUGCUGGGCUGCUUAACCAUUCGCUGUUCCCCCACAUAUUACACUACGGUAGAGUUGACUCGGAAACCAAAGUCUUAAAAUUUCAACUUGCAAGAAAAUGCAGAAGAGGGGAGCAAUGUUAUCUUAGUUAUGGAAGCUUCUCUGGGUCUCACUUGAUUAUGUUCUAUGGGUUUUUACCCAAUGGCGACAACCCGUAUGAUAUAAUUCCUUUAGAUUUUGAGGUUCCUGAAACAGAGGACUGCCAAUCUCAGACCAUUGAAAGUUUCAGGACAUGUCACAUGGUGCGGGGUUCUUGGUUUUCAAAGAAUAACAAACUCCGCACAUAUGGGUUGUCUCCACUGUUCUUGGCUCAUCUCCGUUCAGUUCUGAAAAGUGGUGGCAUGGAGCAGCCUCCUGUGGCUCCUGGAGAAGACGAAAAUGAGACAGCAUUGCUGGAAACAAUUAUCUCUAUUUUUGAACCUAUGAUGGAAGGGCUUGGAGAGAGGGAUGAUCUCGUCGGUGAGGAGAUGAACUGGGAUGUGAAGUUAGCUUUGGAGUAUAAAGAAUUGCAAAGAAGAAUCAUAUCAUCUGUUUUGUCCUGUGCCGCUGGACUGAAAUUGCUGGACAGUGCCUAGUUAUAGAGUUAAAUUAAGCAAGAUCUUAUGACGAAGAAGAUGAUUGGUAAAGGACGAGAAUGAGGGGGUGGGUAGCUAUACAUUUUGGAGUAUGAGGUGCCUCAACUUGUAUCUUG